UGUCACCUCUCCGCACAACAAGCCCCGCCCCCUCGGCUGGAUGUAGUCAGAUGCUGUAAAUGAAGCUGAAGUUUAAAGGGAAAGAAAACGCGUAAAUGUGUUCCUGAGGCAGACUGGGUAUUGAUUUGCAGUAUUUUACAAAAUGACAAGUAUGAAAAGGAGACGAUGUGAUGGCGGCGCUGAAAAAACGUCCGUCGUUCAGAGACUUUCUACAGCAGAGGUCCAGGAGCUGAUCUCCAGAGAGGUCCAGUCUGCCCUGGAACAGUCCGACAAACUAAUGAAAAGCAUGAUGGAGAGAAUUCAGGAGGUCGAUAACGAACCCGGAUACGACCUGAAGAUCCGGAAGCUUGAGGCCCACGUUAUGAAAGUGAAGCGAAGGGGAGACGUGGUUUUCGCAAACCUACAGAAACGUGAAAGCUUGGAAGCAGCCCAGGAAAAGAAUCUCAUCCCUACACCUGAGAUCAAAAAACAGACAGACGUCCAUAUGAUCAGUUCAGCUAACGGAGAGAUUUCAGGCACGUCGUCCUCAUCAGGAGACAUGGCCAGUCCAGGAGGCACAACGAGAAAACCUAAAGAAGGCUGCUGGAAGAGUUUGCGCACAGAGGAUCCGAUCGUGGACCUGACAGGUGACACAGAAGCAGCAUGCAGACCAAAUGGGACCAAGCACAGUGAUGCUCCACAAACAUCAUCACAGGACAGCAUGGAUGACAGAUCGUCUCCAUUAGCAGAGGGCGGUGAGAACUCACACCAGGCAACGGUGGAGAAAAAAACAGCCGAGGUGCAGGAAGCAGAGGUGGCCCUGCAGUCCAGACUUCCUCCGUUCCCAGACACUCCGUUCCCACACCAACUUCCUGUCACGGCCGCCUGCAAAUCCAUGCCCCAGAAGCCCAUGGUGAAAGUGGCUCGCAUCAAAAGCCCGCGAGGAAUCGCGCUUCUGUGGAACGUGGAAGAGGAAGACCCGGACGCCGCCACCAUGGACUGCUAUUACAUCUACGUAACGCAGGAGCGCAGCGACGGAACGUUCUCCAAGUGGAAAAGCAUGGGCGUGAUCAAAGCCAUGCCUCUGCCCAUGGCCUGCAGAGUGGCGGCGGAACAUUCCAGAGACAGAACGCUGUGUUUCAUCAUCAUCGGCAAGGACGUGUACGGCCGCUACGGACCCUACAGUGACGUCCACACUGUGUGGGCCGGCCAGACAUGAACAUCUUUUUUUUUUUUUUGUAUUUGUUUUAGUAAAUGUCAGGCGUUCAGGAUAGAACAGUCUUUUUAAGGAAGACUAAAGUUAAGGAAUAAUACAUCUGCUUUUGGUGUUACAAUAAAAUGUAUUCGACUGAUGCAGUUCUGCACUUUCUCAGUGAGGCCUGGGUUUUUCAAGACCACACCUAAACAUCUGCAGUUUUCUGGACACAGCUGGAAAAUGAUCAGGCAGGUGAGGUUUAGACAUUUCUAUCAUCAGUAGAAUGGAAUAAUUAUUUUAAACAAAAAUCUGCAAGAUCUCAGAAAAGCGUACAGAUGUUUGAAUUUUUAGCUAAAAUCUGAGCUACAACAGGAUUUUAUGGUAAAACCCUUCUUGAAUAUAAAGUUCUGUACAAAUUGUUUUUAAUAAAGUUUCAUUUAAUACAA